AACACACGGAGGUUGCUGACCACAAUUUUGACAGCACAUUUCGGUUGACAUUUGUCCCAAACAUUAGUGAGUGAAGGGACUCAUCGCACUUGGGGCACAACUGGUCCGUAUAAUCCAAGGUUUCCGGUUCAGUUAACUGUUUCGGUCGGCCCUCAUUACUGGAAUCAUACGAUAGUCUCGUAAUUUUCCAAUGAUCCCGCACCAGUCUCAAGUGAAACUGGUGACUGGUUCUGAGCAAAGUUCAACUCCCUUUUGACACUCAGCAUCUAUUUAGGUAUUUCCUUGGUCCCCAGCACACGACUGGCUAUUUGUUGGAGAUCAGGUCCUCAGCAUCGAAGGUCAUUGGGAUAUUGAAAUAACCAGUGCAGAGGCCGAAGCAUUAGCAGCCCUCAAAAGCCGUUACCUGCGCCUGGUAAUUAAACGUAUACCAAUGUUCAGCAAUCAGUAUAUGGGUACAAGAUUUGCCUCACGCAGCCUACCGCGUCCAGCAAGCUCGACGACGUCCUGGCAACAAGGACCGUACUCACGGCUCGACUCGUACAAUGAGAUCCCAAAACCAGUCAACGCUCGCCCGAUGCCUGACGAAAAUGAGGAGGUUGAUUACAGUUUCAUGAAUUUGCCCGUUAGAGAACGACGGAAACUCUUUCUUGGAGGGGGAAGGCCUUCUCGUUUUAAUUCGGUUGGACAACAGUCCAUGACGAUGCCAAGAAUGAGAAUGCCGUCACAUCCACCACCAUCUCGCUAUGAAACGCAAUCCGAAUAUGGCGCAGAUGUCGAUGGAUUUAGAUGGGAAUCAAAUAUCACGCCAAGCUGGGUGAGCGGAACCCGUUCAGCACCAAGUUUUGGUACCACCAAGAAGUCAAGCACUACGGGGACUAUCAUUCUUCAGACACACCGUGGAACUACACCGCGUGCGACUACACCGGUCCAGCGUCCCUCGGAAGUUUGUAUAAGACAACACUCACAAUAUGCCACCGGGCCUUUCUCACCCAGUUCACCGGAGAGACAACAAUCCUCUCCAGGGAGAUUUUACACAGUAAGACCUCCACAAGUCACAGUAUCACCGACCCGUCAGCCGCAAUAUUCCACAACCAUCCGUGUUCACGAUCCAUACACCAUGAGUCCACAAGGAAAGGUCGUAUCCAACGGAACAACCAGAGUUUACCCGGGAAGGCGAUAUCCUUCCACCAUGGGACGUCAGGUUUACGGUUUUAAUUCUUCAGAUACACAACAAGGCCACCCGAUUAUUGUGCCGGGUCGCAUGGUACAGCCGUUGCGUGUGAACGUUUUCAGCAGUGACUCAUCAACCGUACACUACAGUCCGACAAGUAAAGUAGACAACUCAUGGUCCAAUGCUACUCCCGUUUAUCCAGCAUAUCCAGCAAACCUCGAACGAUCUUAUCACGUAGAUACUCACGUACAGCCGGACCGGUAUCGUCGAGGGCUUUCUGUGCAACCUGUGGCCAUCUACUCAAGGCCAUCUUCCCCAGUUUAUCGCCGAACUGAGUCACAGCAGAUUUGGCGACCACUUCAAGCUCCAAACUGGGUACCAACAGAACAAGCUAAAAGGCAUGGGAGGUAUAUUUCAUCACCCAAGUCACCCUCAGUGCGACAAAAAGCGCCGGAGCCCCAAGACCAAUAUGGUGUUUCGGAGUUCUAAACAUUCAGUAUCAACUAGCAUGUUAUCUUUGCUAUUUCUACGGAGGCCAAGACGAAAGAGCAAAGAUGUGAUUUGUUUUUGUUCGUCUUGGUUAGUUGCUAGAUUUUCGCGCAAAAUUUUCGCCACUUUUUCUUUAUUUGCGGACCUUUCUUAUUAACUGUUCAGUUAAUGCAGAUCACCCCAAAAUUUUCCAAAAACCACUAUAAUUUGAACACUCGAUUUUCUGAAUAAACAAUUUGAAUUCCUACGGAGACCAGUAGAUGAACCAAGCUUUAUAAGGUGCCAUCAUCUUGCUGCAAAAAAAACGCAUCAUGGAGAAUUUUGUCUGCUUUUUGAGAAGUAUCACCUUGACAAAACAACUUCCGCAACUACACUCAAAACCAUGACCGAACCACUCUCGUGCUAACAAAAUGCCCCGUUAAUUUCAGCACCAAACAACUGCUUUCAUUACCCAAAUUUCCACCAACGUGUUUCCUGAGUGAAUUGGAUUUCUCUUUUCUCCCCCCUAAAAACUUGCACCCCUAGCACAUUUUUAUUUCAAACGCCGUGUCUGCCGUUAGUUUUCCAACGAACGAAAUAAAUGACUCUUCUGAAAAAG